CUAGCGACGUCUUAUACCGAUGAAUGAGUGUGUGAGCAAUGACAAGCACGAGAGAAGACUAGUAGGGUCAGUGCCGCGGGAUAUGACCGCUUGGCAACCGCAAGAUGACAUACAUGCCCCCCAGAAUUAACCAUUAUACCGACCAGAUAUAUAGAUAGAUAGAGGUUUCCCUCUAGUCAAGUCGUUUCUGACAUUGGUGUCAUUGAGAACCGCAGGUAUUUCCGUCCCCAGUCUUGAAACAGGCGGACACCAUUAUACUACAUUCGUGGCUAUACGCACUCGUUUACGAUCAUGUCCGAUGCCAAAGAUGUCCACUCGCCCCUCCUUACACCGGGUUCGAGGGUUUCUGUCCCUCAGCUAGGUUCGCCUUCGGUCCCUAGGCCGCCCAAGCCGCCCGCCUCGGCGCAGAACCAUGCGCAGACCAACCCGACGCCGAUCGACCCGAUGCCCCUCAAGGCGGACACCAACAUGUCGUGGGGGGAGCCGGCGGGCCUCGCUAUCCGCGGGCCGAACGACGAGAACCUCGUCAUCUUCCGGAAGGCGCUGGGGAUCAACUACAACCGGGCGGGGGCCGACAGCGGCACGCUCGAGGAAGGGCGCAAGUCGGCGGUGGGGAUCUACAAGUCGGUGCUGGACUCGCAGCGGAAGAAGUCGCUGCACCACGCGCUGCUGAACGUGUUCCUGUUCCUGUGCUACUUCGUGCAGAUCGUGAUCGGGGCGGCGCUGACGGCGAUGGGGCCGACGUCGGGGCGGUACGAGAUCGUGAUCACGGUGAUGGGCGCGCUCAACACGGUGCUGGCGGGCACGCUGGCGCUGAUCAAGGGCUCCGGGCAGCCGGAGCGCCUCGAGAAGGACUGCAUCGGCUUCCGCCGCCUCAAGGACUGGAUCGAGGAGACCGAGGCCCUGCUCGCCGUCGGCGUCAUCGGCCGCAACCGCAAGGAGGUCGGCCUCCUCGUCGAGAGCGCCUUCAAGCGCUACAACGCCGCCAUGAUGAACGUCGAGAACAACAGCCCCGACUACUACGUCAACCAGUCGUCCGACGACGACGACGACGCCGGCGCGUCGCGGCGGAAGCCCGGUUCGCGCUGAAUAGAGCGACGCUGAGACGGGAAUGCGAAGGGGAGUUGGAUUUCUAGGGGGGGGGAGGGGGGAAAAGGUUGGUCUACGUCUACCUAAA